GUCGACAGCGAAGUCACACCAUGGCGAUGGGCGCUCCCGGUUUGAAAUUGACUUUGCAACAUCUCGGAUCAGUCAAUGCCAUUAGUACAGUGUCAGUAGUUGUCAAUGACCAUUCCGCUUCUCACCCUGUCCAAAGGCAACGUUCUGUGGCUGUUGGUCCAUUUCUUCUCGUUCGCUCUUGCCGGCGUUGUAGAAAUGUUCAAGCAAGUCAAGAAAACCUUUGGCGGUGGGAAAAAGAAUAAGGGAACGUCUGCUGCUAGUGCUGCAGCAGCGCCUGCAGCCGGUGCAGAAGAUGCUGAUACCUACGAGGACAUCAAAGAAAAAGACUUGACGAAACUGCAGUUAGCUGCAUGGCAUGGUGACCUCGGCCAAGUAACCAAGUGCCUGAAGAAGAAGCCAACAGCGGGCGAGGCCCUAUACAAAGGACGCUCUGCAUUACAUCUGGCUGCAUGUGCUGGCCACAGCGAUGUUGUGGAGUACCUGUGCCACCAGUGUCCGCGUCUCAUCAACGGACAGGAUGACGUCGGUGCAACCCCACUAAUGAGAGCUGUGCGUUGUGGCUCAGGUCCCUGUGUUGAAAAGCUGCUCGACAGUGACUGCGAUGUAUCGGUGGCCGACCACACUGGUAACACUGCCCUCCAUAGAUGUGCACAGCAAAAUGACCAGAGCAUGGCAGCUAUGGCCAUCAACCAUGGAGCUGCUAUGGAUGCAGUGGAUAAGGCGGGGAACACACCAUUGCAUGCUGCGGUAAUGGCCGGAUCGAUGGAAACAAGUGAUCUGCUGCUGUCUCGCGGAUGUUCUCCGGACAAACUGAACGAGAGCUCCAUGACCCCUCUGAUGAUCGCCGCCAACGAGAAUCGUGUGAUGCUGAUCAAGAACGCUUUGCUCAAGUACCCAGUCAACAUCUUGAUGACAAAUCAGGAGGGACUCAAGGCAUCCGACAUAGCUUUGGUCAAUGGCCAUCAUGGUCUCCACGAUCUGAUCGCGAACCAUGAGAUUAACCCCACUUCACCAGUACAUUCCAAGUCGCCUAGGAGUCCAAUGGCACAGGCAUCUGGAGGGCCUGGACCACCGCCUUUGCGGCCUAUCCGAACUCAGUCGCCGCAGGAAAGCAGUGAACCUAUUGGCCGCAAUCCAAACACUUUAGACUUGGAUAUCUCUGAAGCCGUUGAUGAAACAGCUAGUCAAGCUUCAGGAAAUAUCAACUCUUGGGGGUCUGAGAACAGUGAUGCUGAAAUGCAAACACUGACACAGCCCGAAGAACCGACCCAGCCUCAAAGCAGUCGCACUGGAUCCGUUCGACAGCAGCCAACUGCUGGAGGUGCCGCUGGACGCCAUUCACCUUGGACAACACUAAGCCCACCUGCUGGUCAAGGUGAUGAGAGUGAGUCAUCUGAUGGCGUUGCCAAGGCCAUCCCAGUCAGGCAAAGUAGAACGAGAAUACCAUCGUCCGUCACCACAUCGAGGCCCCAGUCACCUUCCGUGGACAGUGCCGCCGCGAUCGGUCAAAUUGAUACCAAGAUUCCUCGACCGAAACCCGGUGCAUCGCUGCCACCGUUAUCAACCAAGCACAGUGCCAGUGAUCUGAGAUCAGGAUCCAAGAUACCGUUGCCGGCUAGUAGCCCUAUCGGCACUGGUUCAGGGUUUGCUGGUGCGUCACCACUGGAUAAAUCGUCACCAAGCAGAGCGGCUGGUGUACAUGGCGCUGCUACUGCUGCUGGUGCUACUGCUGGUGCUGGACGUGAUAUGUUUGACGGAGGCAUGGGAGCAGCAGAAGAAGAUGAUGAUUGGAACACGGAGUCAAGUGUUAGUGGCCUACACGAUGAUGCCACUGGUGAUGCUGGCCUUUUCUCUCCUGCUCGCGGGUCACCACGAAGCAAAGCAGCUUCACCGAGGAGUGUCAAGGAUGUUCCAAAGGCCAAUCCGUCCCUUGAGCAGCAACAACCAGUGAAUGUACAAACUGAUGAAGUUGAAUCUGACUCUGACUUUACUUUGGAUGAGGAAGAGGAGGAGGAAGAAGAAGAAGAAGAAGAGGAGGAGGAGGACAGUGGAGAGCAACACUUGGCUGCAGUUGAAGUGCGAAAUCCGUCCACGAGGCCGCCAAUGUCUGCCGAUCUGGGCCUUGAUGAAGCCAGCUUUAGCCAUGCCAGCAAUGCCAGCUCGUUAUUCUCUACAAUGGAGCAGCCAGAUGACACUCCAGCUGCAACACAUGUGGCUCUUGGUGGUGAUAAACAGGAAGGCGAUCAGGAAGAAGAGUCUGACUUUUCAUAUGAAGAGUCCCCAAGUCAUUCUCCUGGUAGGAUGCGUGCCAGUCUCGCUGAUUCACCUUCAGGGAAUCUGCAUGAAGCCGUUGCUCAUGCUGACUCCGCACCAGCAGCUGGGAAAGUGGAUGCAGCUAAAGAAGGCCCGGGAUCACUAACAGAGAGUAGCUGGGAUAGUGAGGAUGAAGACAGUGCACUAACGCCUGAUGACAGUGAUGGUGAAGAACAGCUGGUCGGUGCCCUGGCUGGUCUUGGACACCCGCAGAUGAUGUCGUCGCCGGCUCAUCGCCAGGUCUCCCCGCGUGACAAACACACAUCUCCGAGUCCAUCGCCAACACCGCAGGGCUCACUCCACAGCGACACAUUGCACGGCUCUGAUGAAGCUGUGCAAGCACAGGCACCGAUGCACCCAGAGCUUUCAAGUCAGCAGACGCCGCAUUCUGCUGCAGAACUCAAAACAAGUGUAGGUGACGACUCUCUGUCAGAUUCAAGGGAUUCCUUUGAUUCUACUCCAGGUCGUGCACAGCACUCUCUACCUAAAGCUCCGGUGAUUGAUGAUGAUGAUGAUGACGAUGAUGAGUCACCUCCGGCAAAAAAUGUGCCGUUAGACCAAGACAAUGCCGAUAUUUCAUCUGACUUCAGCUAUGAAGAGGACGAUGAAGAGGGAGAUGAUGAUGUUGAUACUCCAUCUCAACAGCCAUCUGUAGUUGUUGGUGCAUCAUUCGAUAAACCCAGUGUUUUGGAAGGAAGCAGCUACUUCGGCGAUGCCAGCUUGCCCGGCGACAGCCCAAUACAAGAUAGGUUGAUGCCUAAGCAAGCGCAGGGUCCAGUCGGAAAGCUUCCUUCUUUGCAAACCAAAUCGACCUUGUCACCGUUGAGCAGCCCUGGCAGAGUGGCUUCUCCACCUGCACUGGCUGUUGGACUUGAAGGCUCUAGAAAGGCCAGUCCUGGCAGGCAGCCCGACAUAUCCCCUCGCUCCUCGCCUAGCCCACUAGCUAUGCCAGGCAUCUCACCAAGGCAAGCACAAGUGAGUGGAUUGACCUCACCUAGACACCCAGUAUCGGAUCACAUCGGAGGUGCGGCGAGAGUGACAUCAGAGGAGUCGGAUUUCAGCUUGAGCGGUACAGAUGAAGACUUGAGGGCGGCGUUCUCCGCAUCUUCUCACGCUCAGCCUGGGCAAACCGAUCUCACAGAGCCUUCGCGUCCAGCAAUCUCUCCCUCAGCACGACUGGAUGAGGACUUUUCGGAUGCCAGUGUGGACAAGGAGGAUCGCCACCCUAGUGGCCUUGCACCUGAAGACUCUGACUUCUCUUUGGAUGAUUCCAAUAGUGAUGUGCCUAUCUCAGCCCAGCGCUCGCCUAUCAUUGCAGGUGAACCGCAGUCUUCAGCUUCUGAUUUCUCACUGGACAGCACACAGGACCACCUCAAGGACACGUUCACGGUGCAGGAUCUAAAACCCACGGCCAGGGAGAGCGAGUCAGGUCUAGCUGGGUCUUUGCCAGACAUGAUUGCCUCACCGGCAUCAGCUCAGUCAGCCGUGCGGCACUCGUCAGGUCCUAGUUCUCCCGUAUCCCCUGUUGGAGCAUCCGCAGCAACACAGGCACAGGCACGUUUGCUGCAGAAAGAAAGUGACGACUGGGCGAGUGCACAGGAGCAGACAAGAAAGGCGAACGAAGAAGCUCAGCAGCGGCGAGCCGAGCAGGAGCGCCUGGCUCUGGAGGCACAAGAAAGGGCUCUUUUGCGUCAGCAAGAACUUGAUAACCUUGCCAGACUGGAAGAAGAACGGCGAGCUGCAGAAGCAAAGCAGCGCAUGGAAGAGGAGCGACAGCAGGAUGAGAGACGUCAGCAGCAAGAAUUCUUGGAGAAGGAAGCGCAUGCUAAACAGGAGGCAGCCGCAGCCGCUCAGCGGAGACAAGAAGUCGCCAGACUCAAGCAGGAGAGGGAAAAGAAAAUGGAGGCUGAGAAUCGUGCUAGGUUACAGCGGAAACAAGAAGCUGAUGCACUGCAUCGCAUCAAGAUGCAGGAGAGCAUUGAGGAGGAAAGAUCCAUUGCCAGACGCCAGUCAUCACAUCUACUAUCUCCCACCUCUGAUCGUCCACGGUCGGGCCUGAGUGGAUCCGUGUUUGCCGGUACACCAGGCUCAUCUCCUCGCCAUAGAGCUGUGGAAAGUCACCAUUCUCACCAGAGUGUGGGUUCUGACGACGACGACAACGACGACGACGAUGAUGGAGAUCUAGAACUGGAGAAGGCUGCAGCAGCACAUGUCAGGAGUGCAUUGAAUACCACCGAUGGCCGGCAUUCAUCCAUGCUGGAACACCGUAUACCCAGGGCAGUCAUAUCACCCACUGCUUCGGGCAUGUCCUCCGAGAUCAGUGUAUCGGUGGCGGAUGAGAAAGCUCAUCUUGAUGACGACAUUGCCGAUUCGAGUGGCAGCACCGGAAAUAUUCUACUAGAGGGAAUGAUGUCAAGUAGCCAGUCCACCAACCCACUAAUGGCCUCCACCCCGCUCCGCCAACACAACACACUGACGCAGCGGCAGCAAGACGCAACUCUAACCAGCCCAUUUGCAUUUGGGGACACAUCAAUUCUAUCACCUCGUCACAAGGAAACUGUUCGUGGCUUACAAAGCCAGUUGGAUCAGGCGAAGCGAGACCUACAGGCCAGCCAGAACGAGAGUGAGCAGCUGAAGUUCAAACUUACUGAGGCCAAGAAGUCUGCUGAGGACAAUGCAAAGAUGAAAACAACUGCUGAGCACACACGCAUGGAUGGAGACUUGAAAUUGAGAAAUCUGAUGUUCCAGUACCAGCAAGAAUGCCAGGCGAAGGAGACAGCAGACGCACAGGUCAGACACUUACAAGAACAUUCGCAGGAGCUUGAAGAGAAACUAGCCAGUGAUAUUGAGAUUCGUCACAGUGCUGAGAGCACAUGUCGGCAACUGGAGAUGGAGAAAGGAUUGUUGCAGGCACAAUUGGAGCAGAUGGAAUCAAGACUCAGUGUCAGCCGGGAGGAGAUCAGCCAAGAGAGGAAUUCCAAAGAGCUUCUCAAGGAACUGCUGGAGCAGCACAAGGCUCACCAGGGAGCAUUGCAGGAGGAAGCUACACAAGCAACCCGUGUGAAGUCUGAGCUUUCAGCAGUAAUGGAGGCAGCAGGAAGGGAGUGUCGUGAGCUGAAGGAUAAGCUGGCUGUUCAACAAUCACAACUCGAAUUAGCCCAGGCUGAGCUAGAGGUGGCACAGCGUCACAACGAGGAGCUGUCGACCACACAUGAAGUAGACCUAGAGGAACUGAGGGAUGUGCUCCAUGAGAAAGCCGAGGCACUGAAUCUAGUGGAGCAAACUGUGUCACAGGAGAGGCUGUCCCAUCAGCUAGAAGUGCAAGGGAUUGAGAACAAGCUACAGCAAGUCACAGUCCAGCUGGAAUCCACCCAGAGUCAACUCAAAACUCACCAGGACGAGAUCCGGGCUGCUGAGUUGCAGUUAGCUGAACGUAAUGGACAAGUGGCUUCUAUGAGCAAGGAACAAGAGUUACGGGGCCAGUCCUCCAAAGAUACCGAGGAGCAAUUGCGCAGGAAGGUGGAAUUGCAUGACCGAACACUGGCUGAGGUGUCUUCCCUGAAGGAAAGGGUGUCUGCUGCUGAGGCAGAGGUGGUUCUGCUGCGCUCUCAUAACCAGACAGCCAACAAACAACUACGUGAGCGAGAGCGUGCUGGAGCGGAGGCCCAGCAAAAAUUCACCGAGAUGCUGAAUUCUUGUCGGAUGGAUGCUGAGCGGACUAAACAUGAAGCUGAUAGCCGCCAAGAGCAUACCUAUUCACAGCUCAUGACGACCAAGGAGCAGCUAACUCGAAGCGAGAACGCCCUUCAGAAGCUGCAGCUUGAUCUAUCCACAGCCAACAAGGAUUAUCGCCAGCUGUCUGAAAGAGAAGUUCAGCUCACAACGCUGCUCCAAGAGAAGACUAAGCAAAUCACCGAUGCGGAAGAGAAAGCGGUUCAGCAAGGAAAUCACAUCUCUGUGCUUUCAGAUAAGCUGAAUGUGGUGCAACAAGAACUUGCAGCCACGUCUGACCGCGAACGACAACUUAGUGAGCAACUAGAUGCAGCCGAGAAGGUUAGCGCCGACGUGAAUGAUCGUCUGCAGAUGACCACCAGGGAUGCGCUUGGAGUGGCAACAACCAAGAAUGAUCUUGAACAGGAGCUGUCCCACCAGAGUCAAGACAAUGCUAGACUGAUGCUCGACUUGAAGGAACUACAGAAGAAGUAUGAUGAAGUCACAUCGGAUGCGAUCAGGAUGAAAGAGGCUUAUGUCCGACUGGAGGCUCGGGUAUCCCAGCUGAAGUCUGAGAACCUCAGCUACUCUCAGAAGCUCAAGGAAGAGACGUCUUUGCGCACUGUUGCAGAACACGACUCCGAGGAGUCGAAAGCACUCUGGGAAAACGAGAUCCGAUCCCGAUCACACCUUGGCGCACAGAUGGUUGCCUUCGAGAAGAAAGAAGCUGAGUUCAAGGCUGAACUGGAGCAGGAACGCAAGAAAACCCUGAAGGCCCUGCACAUGAAGAAGGAUUCAGACAACAGGGCAUCCACCAUUGAUGAAAAAUGCACUGAGCUGGAACAGAUGCUGAAGUCAUACAUGACUGAGUACAAGGCAGUAAAGCGACGCCUAAAGGAUGUGCUCGCAACUCAACUCACCUUGCCAAAGAUACAAGCUGAUAUGGAGGUAGAGCGAACUAAAUUCCAUGAGCAGAUUCGAGUUCUUCAGGAUCAGCUGACUGAGUACAACGCACACGUGCAGAAUGGUGAAACACGCCGUCACGAGUACAAGAAGACCUGCACUAGACUGAAAGAUGAGCUGCGGCAUGUCAAGGGUGACCUGGAGAGUAGAAGGCAGCGGGAACAGACGCUUCAAACCGCUAUAGAGUCACUGGAGGCAGGCAAGGUGUCUGUGCAACAUGAACUGGAGGACUUGAAGAGCAAGCUUGGCAGCAAGUGGAUAGAUGCAUCAGAGAUGCAAGAGUACAAGAGAAAAGUGGAGCUGGAGUCACGUACUGAACUCAACAAGAGGCUUGCAUCUGUGAACAGCCACUUACAGGAACAGGCAAGCUCUCGGAUCGCACUGGUGAAGAUGCACUCCGACACCAUGACCAAAGCGCACUCAGAGCAUGGUGAAAAACUCACAACCGUGAAGGCUGAGCUUGAGCGCACCGAGUCACAACUGCGCGAGUCCCAGCUGAACCUGGAACUGGCACAUGCUGAUACCAGCAAAUACAAGAAACUUUAUGAAGCCGAGGCAAGGCACAGUCAGUUGCUAUCCAAUCGACUCGUCAAGCAUAGCAAAACAGAUCAUCAAAGCACAAGACUAAGAACAACCCAUUCUCAAUUUGCUGGUGCUGACGAUGCACGUGCACAUGGCUCAACAUUGACUGCAGAAAUGCUUGGUACCACAAGCCAGUCAAGAUCGAGGGCACAUGGAACUGCUGGCACAUCCACUGGUCUUGGUGGAAAGCUUGGACAUUCUUCAACAUUGGGAAAGAAACUGUAAAGAACGAAUCCCAAGGAAGCUGAGAGUAAUGGAAAGAUCUUGUACAUAUGUACACUACAGUUUGAUGUCCAUAUUUCAAAGUUUCAUGCAUAUAUGUAAAAGCUGUACUAUUUAGUGAGCACACCACCAUUGCCCAAUGCCUUCUUGAUUAUUUUCUAGCGCUAAAUGCUACUGAGUAGACCCCCCCCCCCCCCCAAAUCUCCCCUUCCUGCUCUGUACAAACUUCACAGCACAUUAUCUUCUCUUUAAACAACAUUUUUCUUAACAAGCUUUUUCAAACUACUCUAAUCUCUCCCUCUAGUCUCACACUGCAUAAAGUUAGGAGAUUCGGUGAGUAUUCCUGUCAAUAUAUUUGCCAAAAGAAACAAAAAAUCUAAAAGUA